AAUGAGCAAUCACUAGAUUCUGUCUAUUACAUUAUGUUGGUUCAUGACUAUUAUAUGUAGGUGCUAUUUUUUUAUUUAGAUCCGGUGAAAUGCUUCUGAUCUGACAUGGCUACUGCAGAUGAUCUCAAGUUCCAGGAAUUUGAUGAAGCUGCAGAUCUCCUGGCUGCCACUCCAAAUGCAACCACAAAAAGUGUGACAGAGGAGAACCAGCCCCAACAUGCCACGUUGCACAUGGGUACAGAUAGCGACGGAGACGAGGGAGACACUGAUCAGACUGAGCUUCUUGCAUCUCAGAAAAAGCCAGCCAGUUUCUGGACAUUCCAAUAUUAUCAAGAUUUUUUUGAUGUAGAUACAUACCAGGUUCUGGACAGGAUCAAAGGAUCACUUCUCCCCAUUCCAGGAAAAAACUUUGUACGUCAUAAUUUAAGGAACAACCCUGAUUUGUAUGGACCAUUUUGGAUCUGUGCAACUCUUGUGUUCACUGUAACAAUCAUGGGUAACCUGUCAACCUACAUACAAAACAGCGGUAGCUCCGAUUACCAGUAUAGUCCUCAGUUUCAUAAGGUAUCAGUUGCAGCAAUUGCAAUAUACAGCUAUGCCUGGCUGAUACCUCUAGGCCUGUGGGGUUUUCUACAGUGGAGAAAAGGUGUGAACGAUAGUGUUGGAUCCUACAGUUUUUUGGAGACAGUUUGUGUGUAUGGAUAUUCCUUAUUUGUUUACAUCCCUACCACAGUUCUUUGGCUGGUUCCCUAUGAAUUGUUCCGAUGGAUUUUAAUACUUGUUGCUAUGAGCCUCUCAGGUUCAGUCCUCAUUCUCACCUUCUGGCCACACAUUCGAAGGGACAACAAAAUGGUGGCUAUCGCCACGGUAGGCAGCAUGGUCGCUCUACACGCACUCUUGGCUGUAGGCUGCAAGAUGUACUUCUUUGAGGAAUCACAGAAGACCAAAAUGUUACCAGCAACAACUACAACUCAGAAAAUGCAUCUUUCCACCAAACAUUAGUGGUAAUCUCCGAUUCCACUGUAAACUGCACCAGCUUGCACUAAGAACCCGGUCCUUGUUUUGGUUGAAAGCACCAAGUGUGAAGUAGCUACCUCCUAGCCUGUUCUAAGGCAUUUAAGAGACACUACUUCCUGGUUUAGCAGGGGUUUUUUUUGUACUUGUUUCGUUUGUCUCAUGGCAAACAAAAAAAAAAGUUUUACAGAGUAAUGAUUAUAGGAAUGUGAUGUUCGGGUUAAAGCUAGAAGCCUUUAUCUUUUUUUCCUCCUUUAAAGAAAUUACUUUUUUCUCAUCCCGUCAAAUAGUGUUCUUUAUUAAUAUAUGAUUUUAGUUCUAUAAGAAUAUUCUCCCAAAAACUUUCUGUUGUUGGAAGUGAUGAGCAGAAGCCAAGAAAAAAAAAAAAGCUGUACUUUAGUCUGAUUUAGUUUAUUGAGGAGCAACCAUGGGGUAUUCAUUUAUCUUAAAGUAAGAAACUCAGCAUCCUGACAAUAGUACAUUUUGGGUGCUGUUUUAAGCUUCUGUGGUUCCCUCAAUAUCAUAAAAGCCCUAAACUAAUUCCAUGGCUAAAUUUGUUUGGGAAACACCAUCCCUUUCUACAUUUUAGAUUUAAUGAAAAUUAUAUAAAAGUGUUCCAUUAAUAAAAGCUUUGGUUUAUCUUUAAAUUAAAUAAAACAAGUUUGAAAGA